AGGAGGGGUUGGCAGGAGACUUAAGGGAAGUAGGAAGCUCAACAGGCGCCCGUACUGUACCGCACCGGAGCUCAGGGUUGCCUGCCAUGUCUGCGGGAGGCCCCCGCGUGGAAUCCGCGUCCCUGGACUCUUUCAUGUACUCCAUACCCUUGGUCGCGCUUAACGUGAGAGUGAGGCGCCGUCUCUCGCUGUUCUUGAACGCGCGGACGCCCGUGGCGGCCGACUGGACUUUGCUGGCGGAGGAGAUGGGCUUCGAGUACUUGGAGAUCCGAGAGCUGGAGACGCGCCCCGACCCCACUCGCAGUUUGUUGGAUGCCUGGCAGGGGCGCUCUGGCGCGUCGGUGGGCAAGCUGCUAGAGAUGCUGGCCUUGUUAGACCGUGAGGAUGUACUGAAGGAACUGAAGCUCAGCAUCGAGGAGGAUUGCCAGAAAUACAUAGAGAAGCAGCAGAACCAGGAGUCCGAGAAGCCCUUACAGGUGGCCAGAGUGGAAAGUAGCAUCCCCCAAACAAAGGAGCUAGGAGGCAUCACCACCCUGGACGACCCCCUGGGACAAACGCCGGAGCUUUUCGAUGCCUUCAUCUGCUACUGCUCCAGUGAUAUCGAGUUUGUGCAGGAGAUGAUCCGGCAACUAGAACAGACAGACUAUCGGCUUAAGUUGUGUGUGUCCGACCGCGAUGUCUUGCCUGGCACCUGUGUCUGGUCCAUCGCCAGUGAGCUGAUUGAGAAAAGGUGUCGCCGCAUGGUGGUAGUUGUUUCUGACGAUUAUCUACAGAGCAAGGAAUGUGACUUCCAGACCAAGUUUGCUCUCAGCCUGUCUCCAGGCGUCCAGCAGAAGCGAUUGAUUCCUAUCAAAUACAAGGCGAUGAAGAAAGACUUUCCCAGUAUCCUGCGGUUCAUCACUAUAUGCGACUAUACAAACCCUUGCACCAAGUCCUGGUUCUGGACCCGCCUUGCCAAGGCUUUAUCCUUGCCCUGAAGGUGACCCUGGGAGCCCUAGGGCAGAGGGGAAAAUGAGCUGACUUGGAGUUGGAUUCUCGUAUGCUGUUCUGUUUGCAUCUUUGACUCCCCUCAGGCUCAGCCCAUAUUCAGUGAUGACUGACUGGCCUGAGCAACUGGGACUGCCUUUCCUCCCACCCACCCAUGCCUGUGCGCGAAUCUUAGUGCACACAUGCCCCCCUUGCAUAUACAGGCAUCUGUAUACAUGUGUUUCAUUUGGGACAGCUCCCAAGAAGAGCUGAGUGGAAGAGUUCUAGCAUUAAGGGGGCCUGGACAUCUCCCUGGACAAAAAUGGGGUGCCUUUGCUACAGGUAGUGGCACGUGCCUAUAGUUCCAGCAUUUGGGAGGCAGAGACCAGAGAAUCAGGGGUUCAAGGUUAUCCUUGGCUACACAUCAAGUUUAAGGUCAGCAUGGGCUACAUGAGAGCCUACCUCCCCAACCCUCCAAAAAAAGAAGAAAAAUAUGGGAACAUUACUGAUUUCUCCUCUCUUUUCUCCAGUUGUUGAAAGCAAUGCCUAGAAAGGCCCCAGAUGUGGUAGCAUUUGGGCCCUUAGCAAAGUGAAGAUAAAAAGGAGAGGCUGUUUGGCUUCAUCCCAAAAGCCAGCUGCAGGCUCAGCUGUUUUCCCCCCAGGAGUGCGGUUUGCAUAUUCCUCUCAAGUUCUCUAUCAUACAGAUGAUGCUAUGGUCCCUCUCAGGGCUCGUCCCAAGGUCCUGAGUCCCCAAGAAAAUGGGUCUCCCCUCAGUGUCUGGGGGACAAAUGGAGGCCUCUUUGCAUGAUGUCAUGGGGCAUCUCAGUGCUUGAUACUGAGCAUUUUAAAGCAACCUGGAGAAAGCGUCUCCUACACCUGUUUUAUAGGUUUUAUGGGAAUGCCAAUAGAGAGAAAGGCUCAUGUUUGUACUUUGUACUUCUGUAUGUGGAAUUUGUAAUAAAAAGUAUUCUAUUUUGAGAAAG